AUGCCGCACCUUGGACGCUUCCGACGCCUGUUUUCCAGGCUCAGAGCGCUUAGUCAUGCAAACGAAGACAUUGGCGCGUCCAACAGCCCGAGGGACCAGGCGACCGCCAACUCAUCCACCCACACCCAUGCUGCAGCUGGUAGGGAGUUCGAAGGGACUCACUACCACACUCUGCUUCCACCCUCUCCGGAGGCGCAUAUACCUGAUCACAACACUGAGGGCCCCUGGCGUCCACCCACUCCGGACCGGGUCAUGGGCACGCAGGAGGGUGCCAACCACCUGCGCACCUUCCAACAUCUCCCCGGAGAGGCCCAAGUCAGGGCAAUCUGGCUCCACCAGAACGAGGGAAUGACUCUCGAACAAGCAAUCGCAACCGCCGCAGUCGAGCUUCGUCUGCGCCUGCUCGAAUAUCCUGUCCAAGCCCGUGAGGCGCACACGGCAGCUGUUCGUCUGACCCUCCAGCAGGUCAAUGAAAACCUGUUUACUGAGUGGAUCCUCCUGAGCGUCCUUGUUCAAACUCUUCCCCCUUCCCAGCAGGCAGUGGGACAGCGCAUCCUCGGGCUGCUGUCUGCGGAUCCUCGUGAUAUCAAGAACAUAUACCAGGCUAGGCGCGCAGCAGUUGGGCUUGGUAAUGACUCCAUUAACCGUGCCCUCGAUCGUAUCAACGACAACGCGGCGUCGUUCCGCCGCAACGAAGAAGAUAUCCGCGGCCUCCAUCAAUACGACAGGCACCACCCCUUGCCCGAGCCUGAGCCCAUCGAGGGCCCACCAGAGGGCAUGGUCACCCCGGAGGAUGUCCUCAAGAGUGAGAAGCACUUCGAUUCAAGCACUGAAGCCAUGGAAUUUGCAAUCACUGGCUACACCAGGGUCCUCAAUGACUGGCUGCAGGGACUCUGCCAAGAGUUCGCUUCCGAAGACGAUCCUGUCCUUGAGAAGCUGGCUGAGUUCAUGCUCUCAUGGGCUCGCUACGUUCACACUCCGGCAGAAACGCGUCAACGUCAAGUUCUCAAUUACCCCUUCAACCGGUCAGCGUGGGAUGACCCGUUCACGACCGAUCCCGGCUCCAUUCUCCUUGGCGCCUUUUUCAAGUGUGCCCUGGUCAGGCGCGAUCACCCACCCCUCUACCACCUGAACCUCAUCGCCAAUUGGGACGACUGGGACAUCAGGAAGCCAGCUGCCGCUGCCAUGCUCGCAUCGGACAACCUUAGAAACAUGCAUAAGGCCGCAAAGGCGCAUCUGGAUGGCAGCCGAUCAGCCCUUUGCCUCGAGCUCGCAAGCUUGCGGCCCACGGCCACGCCUGGCCUUUUGAACGGUCUGCUUGGAGCGCUCCAGGCUCAUAACUGCGAUGAGACCCACCUCGAGAUGCUGCGCACUGUCAACGAAGAUGAGAUUCUUACAUGGCCUCUCGCUAUUCAGUGCCGGCUCUACUCAGUCAUUAUGCUGUCUCAUGCCAUGAAGAGGCUCGCCUUCCUGUGCAAUGGCAGCAGGAUGCUUGCUCAGAGCCUCAACAAGCUGGACCCGUUCCUCUCAGAGACCGACGACUUGAUGCAAGCCAUGUUCAAGAUCUACGGGAGGGCCAGGCGGCACGCGUUCGCGGCAUGGAACGGAGCCAUAUUCCGCAGCUACCACUAUGACGCGAUCUACGAGUUCAGAGACAUGCUCGAGUCCUGCAGCAACCAGCGCGCGAAGACCUUGAUGCUUACAAAGAUUCCCGAGUCUGGCUGCGGCGCAGACCUCCAACGCGUCCGCGACAUCGCGGUCGCUGCUAACGUCGAGAAGUCCAUUCGAGACAGCGCCCAGAUGCUGUUGUGGCAGCAGCAAGACCUUGAAAAGCUCUCCGAGCACAUCCGGACGCUUGAGCAGCGCCACAGUGCCUACCUGUCCCGCAUCGAUAUCCGGCAAGCCGUAGAGAUCCUGGCUGCCGAGUCCACGAGCUACAGCUACGAGCCUCGCUACAUCCGCGAGUACGUCAUCAGCAAGAUUCCCUCCAGCGCCGCCCACCUCGACUGCCUGGGCCGCUCGGACUUCGGUCCCGCCCUGCGCGAUGCCGUGUCGGAUGCCAUUGCUGAAGAAACCUAUGGUGCUAUCGACCUUGCCAGGGCUUUCUACACCGCCUCGCUGCAGAGGCCACUUCAAAGCACGGUCGCCAUGAUCCGCGACCACCUCCAGGGCGUCGCGCAUGAGGGCUUGUCUUUCGCGUCUGCUGAUGUCUCGCUUGUUGCCCGUCUGUUGCUUCGUGGCGUCUACUACAGCUACGUCGAUCUGCCCCCCAGCGGGCUUGCCCAGGCGCAGGGUCUAUCCCGUCACUGUUGGAUCCUCGGACUGCUGGGUGCCUGGCUGGAAUGGCACAUCGACGUCGUGCUCAUGACCAGCAACGUACUCAUGGCACUGGACACGCACGAAUGGAAGCACCCUGGCCGGUCGGCGAUGUUGCGCUGGCCGGAGACGAGGCUGGCACAAGCGCUCACCGCAGAGGACAAGGACUGGGAUAGAGUUGAAGCUUCGCUGGCUGCGGAGGAGGGGAAUGUGGUGUCGCUGGAGAUGAAAGAUCAGUUCUACGAGCAUCUCCAUAAGCUCAGGCUCCUGCGCGACGCAACGAACAAGUACCUCGGCCUGCCAGAUGCCAUCGACACGAGGGUCCUGCCGGAGGACUUUCAAGCGGCUGCCACGGCCUGUGGUGCUCGGAAGGAUGAGAGCUUUGAUAUGCUCCAUCGGAUGAUCAAGUUCAACGGUUCGGUUCUGGACGGCGGUAGCGUGUCUGUGGACGCAACUGGCUGGGAGGACGCACACGAAUACCAGCUGCGCCAGAUGAGGCUUUCCCACUUGUCUCGAUCGCGCAGGGAUUCCGUGUUGAUGUGA